AUGAGUACUGGAAGCCCCCCCGAAGAGGCCUUGGCCCAGGUGCUCGGCUCCCUGCGCUCCAUCCAGCAAACCCAGUCGGACCUUGUAGCUGCCGUCGACUCAUUGACCCAGCGAUACCAUCAGCUGUCUGGUGAUGCCAAUGUCGCCGCCGCACUUGCCCCGAGCCCGGCUAUCGGCGUAGCCCCCGAAGCACUCCGCACCUCCGAUGCUGCCGGUGGCUCGGACCAGCAGUCAUCCGAUCUGACCCUCCAGGCCCCGGCAAUUCCUUCGUCCCCAAGCCAGCGAUCCGGCCUCACGUCCCGUAUCAUUUUAACUGGCGGGUCGUAUUCAAUUUACUAUGCUUUGGCUGUUGCUAGCAAACAGCUUAACCUGGAGCAUAGACCCGAUUUCACCAACACGGAGCCGGCUGCCAAAAUUGGACCCUUUCCUCAAUGGGGAGACCCUAAGAAGAUUGUGGCCAUGGAUCCUUGGGGACAUUUGGCGCCGUGGCUCUUUAAAGACACGAUUGAAAGAGACAAUGUUGAUAUCCGCCCGACUAUCGCCAUCACUAAGGCACACAUGAAGCUGCCGGAGCUGGAAGAAAGCGUCAGGACGGGAAGGCUCGUUCCUGACGGCAAGGUUUGUAUUAACAACCUCGGAGAGCUUGCUGUGACCAAGUUUGCCGUUGAGCCUGUGUGGUAUCUGCCUGGGGUUGCUGAGAGAUUUGGCAUCGACGAGGGGGCCUUGAGGCGAUCAUUGUUCGAGCACACGGGGGGUAGCUACCCUGAGUUGAUCACCCGCGGAGACAUCAAAGUUUUCCUUCCCCCCAUCGGUGGGCUGACUGUGUACUGUUUCGGUGAUCCCGCCAAGAUGUCAGACGAGUCGGUGCGAUUGGCAUUGCGCAUCCACGAUGAGUGCAACGGCAGUGAUGUCUUUGGAUCUGACAUCUGCACCUGUCGUCCUUAUCUCAUCUUUGGCAUUGAAGAGGCGGUCAAGGAAGCCCAGAAUGGUGGUAGCGGCGUUGUGAUAUACUUCAGGAAAGAAGGCAGAGCUCUCGGUGAAGUCACCAAGUACCGUGAGUUCGUGUACAACGCUCGUAAGCGGGGUGAAGACCGGGCUUCAGACUACUUCAAGAGAACCGAGAACAUUGCAGGUGUCAAGGACAUGCGUUUCCAGGCCCUGAUGCCGGAUAUCCUCCACUGGCUUGGAAUCCGCAAGAUCGAUCGCAUGCUCAGCAUGAGCAACAUGAAGCACGACGCCAUCGUGGGACAAGGAAUUCCCAUCCAUGAGCGGGUAGAACUCCCAGAGGAACUGAUACCGGCAGAUUCCCGAGUCGAGAUAGACGCGAAAAUCACCGCAGGCAAGCCAACACAAAGUCUAGGGUACUUCACCGCUGGAAAGCGUAUGACGGAAGAAGAGCUGAGGGCUGUGCAGGGUCGGCUCUGGGAAGAUAUUGACCACUAG